UUGGCUCUGGACUUUGCGCCGUGGCUCGCUCUAAUCGUGACCGCAGGAUUACGCACGCGAUCUCCCUCCGCGCGCAGUAAGCAGCUCACGGACCAAAGCGCACAAAUCCACCAGCAACAACCGGUUUGUCACAUGACUGUCUCCUUCCUUGCUUCCCUGUUUUGUUGUAUUUCCGCGUUGAUUCUCGGGAGCGCAGCUUGCUGGAUGUGUGACUCUCCCGCCGUCACUGCAGCCGUGCCCGUCCGCCUUUUACGCACCGGACAGCGGCAGAAGGAGCAGCAGGCAGGAGUCGCCCCGCGGAGAACCGAACCGGGUGGUGUCCGGACCCACGCACGGCCAUGUUUACCCGGGUCAAGUCCGCGGUGGCGAGUUUCAUGGGGGGUGUGAUGUCCGGAGGAACCAAUGGGGAACAUCCGAGCGGCUCCGAGCUGCCGCUGAGGUUCCCCUACACUAGACCCGAGUUUUUGGGGCUGUCUCCGGACGAGGUGGAGUGCUCUGCGGACCACAUCGCCAGACCCAUCCUGAUUCUGAAGGAGACCAGCCGGCUGCCCUGGUCCACCGGUUACGCGGAGGUGAUCAACGCGGGGAAGAGCGCUCUGAAUGAGGACCAGGCCUGCUGUGAGGUGCUGCGGGUGCAGAGGAGGACCACACGCUCCCCGUCUCGGAGAAGGAGGUCGUCUCUGCCCAACGGAGAUGGACUCAGCCUCAAGCACGAAACGAGCCCUUCCCCUGAGGACCUUCCUUUCCAUUACUGGGCCCUGUUUGACGGUCACGCGGGGUCUGGAGUGGCUGUCAUGGCGUCUCACCUCCUCCACCACCACAUCGCUCUACACCUUCAGGAGGUCAUGGACAUCCUGCUCACCCCCGGUACAUCGCCCCCUACCUGUCUAGGGGAGGAGCCUCUGAACCAGCACCUGGCCCCGGCGCAGAAGGGUCUGAGCAGGGCCGUGUCGUUGAGGGGGGCUGCUGGAGCGCCGGGCUCACCUCACGCUCCACCUGCACGAUUCUUUAGUGAGAAGAAGGUUUCACACGAGAGCCUGGUCAUCGGUGCCAUAGAGAACGCAUUCAAAGAUAUGGACUUCCAGAUUGAGCGGGAGAAGUCCGUGUACAACAUCUCCGGAGGCUGCACGGCUCUGGUGGUGGUGUAUUUACUGGGGAAUCUGUACGUGGGGAACGCAGGGGAUAGCAGAGCCAUCAUCAUCCGGUCUGGAGAGGUCAUCCCCAUGUCCUCAGAGUUCACUCCAGAGUCGGAGAGACAGAGGCUGCAGUUCCUGGCCUACAUGCAGCCUCACUUGUUGGGGAAUGAGUUCACACAUCUGGAGUUCCCACGGAGGGUCCAGAGGAGGGAGGUGGGCAAGAGGAUGCUCUACAGAGACUUCACGAUGUCUGGAUGGGCGUACAAAACCAUUGAUGACGACGACCUGAAGUUUCCUCUGAUCUACGGAGAAGGGAAGAAGGCUCGAGUGCUGGCCACCAUCGGCGUGACCAGGGGCCUCGGAGACCACCAGCUCAAAGUGCACGACUCCAACAUCUUCAUCAAGCCUUUCCUCUCCUGCUGCCCAGAGGUGAAGGUGUACCCUCUGUCGCAGUCUGAACAUGGGGCCGAUGAUGUUUUGGUGCUUGGGACUGACGGUCUGUGGGACGUUCUGUCAAACCAGGAAGUGGCUGAGUCAGUUUCCUGUUUCCUUGGAAACUGUGACCCAGACGACCAGCACAGGUACACGAUGGCAGCUCAGGACCUGGUGAUGAAAGCUCGUGGUGUUUUGAAGGAUCGCGGCUGGAGGAUCUCAAAUGACAGACUUGGUUCAGGGGACGAUAUCUCUGUGUAUAUUAUCCCUUUAAUGUACGGAAACAAGCUAAACUAGCAUCGCAGCUAACUCUACUUUCAACAGGCCUUCAGACCGGUCUCUGGACCAAAAUAAGGACUACUUCCACUUUUGAAGGAUCGAAGAUGUCUCCAGAAAACCUACCGUCCAUACUUUAUAUUGUUUAAUAUGUGUUGCAAAAAAUAUGAAUCAAUGUUUUGUUCAAAUGCAAAUACACACGAGUUAAGAGAAGUUAAAUAUUUUGGAAGUUAAAGAUGCACUGUGUAACUUUUCUGGUUGACUAUACCCCGCCAUUGAGAUGUUAUUGCUUUACCGGGAAUGUUCCACAGCAUAGCAUUGAACUAUUUUGCAUUUAUUCAAAAAUAGCUGUUUUUAUUGCUAGAAAUAUCACUAAAAACACAGAUUCUUACUGCGUGUGGGGUCACCUCUCCACAGAUCUGAUCAGUAACUUGGCUUGGUGGCAUCAGUGACCACGCCAAGCAAUGACAUCUCCAUGGAAACAAGAAGGUAGCAGAUCCUCCUCCAGAAAAGUUACAAGUGUCUUGCUCUAUAACAAAACCUCAUGCACUUUGUCAGGCUCGUGAAUCGAACUGUCAAUCCUGUGGUUGGUGAGCAGCCAUUUUACUACAUAAUAAUAAUUGCAUAACUUUAAGUCAAAAAUAUGAAGGCAUCCACAAUAGUCUUAAUUACUAAUGUUGGGAGGAAGCCAUUUUGAAGUGACUCGAGCCUGAAGCACUGACUCCUCUUAACACUGAAGUGAAUCUCAGGACUGCUGUUACUAAUUAAAGCCAAUGCACAAUAUUUAUAAGUGAGAAGCCAAGUGUAAAUGAGUGUGUGCAUAUUUUGUACUUUUUACCUGUUUCCUUUUAUAAUUUACAUUUUAAACUGGAAUUCAUCAGUGUACCGGUACAACAUUUCCAAUCAAAAACACACUGUUAUUCCUAAUUCUGGUCUUGUCCCAGUUUGGUCCUGGUUUGGCCUCUAGUCUUGUCCUGGUCAAGUUCUGGUCAAACUCUUUACACAAACUCUAUGUUGGGAAAUGCUUGCCUAUAAAAGCAAUCCAUUUAAUUUAGAAAAUGAUCUGACUAAACCGGUACAACUACUAAAACUAUGGUACACGUAAACCAGGACUGAAUCUAUAAAAAAAGCAGGACUAAACUGGAAUCUGACUAAAACUUAGGACUGGAUAAGCCAAGACGUGAUUUGCAAAAUAUAAUAAUUCUAUGAGGUUCAGAUGGAUGAAAAGUUAAGACUGUUCCCAUAGUGAUUAACAAAUAAACAGCAAAAUAUUAUAUCUUUUGAUAAACUUCCUAAAUGUUUUUGUCCUAAGGUUUCAGCAGAGCUCAUUUGGACAUGUUUUUUUUUGCAAUCAAGACGUUUUACAUGUGAUGAUACUGACUUGAGAUGCUGGAAUUUUUACUACUCGGCCAAAAAAGCCCCAAAACGAGGAGGUUUAGAGUCAAAGUGCACUGCCCUUCUCAAACAUCGCGUAUAUCAGGGCGUUAAAACCCCUGAAAAUUCUUAUUACCAAAUAUUCCACAAGGUUUGGUUUAUAUUUGAGCAAUUUUAACUUCCAGUGACAAAUUAUUUCCUAAAGCACUUAAGAGAGAAAGGUACUAAGAGUUAUAAAUGAUCUGAGCAACAGGAGGGCACGUGUCCUGGACAAUCAAACCACAUAAUAGAUUUCUAAAGCUUGUAAAAGGUUAUAUUUUCCUUUACAAUAGAGAAGCAGCUCCCAUUGUAGCUUAUGUCAGCACUCAUGGCAUGGCCCUUUGUUCAGCACAUACAGAGAGUGUCAGUCAUCUGUCUCAUUCAGGCAAACUUACAGUCAAGUGUCUGUGCCUCUCAAAGUCAAAACCUAGUUACUACUGCCGCCAAGUAUAUUAUGAAAUGGUGGAAUUUAUUAUUAAAAAUGUCAAUAUUAGUAUUAGUAAUAGUUUUUACCGUUUUCUUGUAUAAAGUUUGGUUCAAAACUGUGUAAAGUUUCAAAUCGAACUCAAGGACAGGUCAGAAUGCUAUGGUCCAAUUUGGCUAUUGGUUGAUUUAUUGACCAGGUUUAUGGUUAAUACCUCUGUUAUUACUGAGCCCAUUUGCAUGAAACAAAAACAAGCAGCAAAGUGAUUACUGUCAGUGUAAAGGAGCUAACGUCAUACCAUUAAUGUGUCAAAUUUGUGGACCCAAUUCCUCACACAAAUUUCAACAUUGUGAUUUUUUUCUGUUUGAUAAAUCUCCCAUGACUAAGUGGAUAUACACAGCCUGGCCAAAAAAAGUCGCCAGGAAAGAAAAUAGUCACACGCUCUAAUAUUUGGUUGAACCGCCAUCCCAAAGAUUCUCAAUGGGGUUAAGGUCUGGACUCUGUGGUGGACAAUCCAUGUGUGAAAAUGAUGUCUCGUGCUCCUGAGCCACUCUUUCACAAUUUGAGCCUGAUGAAUCCUGGCAUUGACAUCUUGGAAUAUGCCCGUGUCAUCAGGGAAGAAAAAAUCCAAUGAUGGAAUAACCUGGUCAUUCAGUAUAUUCAUUCUUUGAGCACAGACUGUUGCUGAACCUAGACCUGACCAACUGUAGCAAAAAUGUACCUAUUUGCUUAUUUAAAUCCAGGUAGCACCUUUUUUUUUUUUGGCCAAUCACCUGUUGCUGGGUUUCAGAUGACACUACAGAAAUCUAUUCAGUUUAUUCUAGUUGCUGUAGUUGCCUCCAUUGCCAUUCAGGUUGUAUUAUUUUGCAUGGGGCUGCUGAUCUUGACAGUAAAUAAGUUCUUAAGGGACUACAGAGCUGUUUUAAAGCCUCCAGAGAAUCAGUAUAUAAAUAACUUUAAAAUAUAACUUACUUUAUAUCAGGUUUUAGCAGCAAAACCUUUCUCAAAUUGUCCAUUGAAAUUAUUGAGAUUCCCACCACAAAGAAAGCACAGUUUAGUCGUAUUAACGGAAAAAGAGGGCAGGGCGGAGCAAGGUCAAUAAGUCAAUCAUAUUUAACACAGAUGGAGCAAAAAAAAUAAGGCUUAAAUGCAGAGUUCUGUUGUAAUACAGUGAGUUCUUGGGUCUUGCCACUAAUAGAACUGAUCAGGUUCAUCAUUUGUGCGUUUACCUUUUGUAUAUUUUAUGGCAAAAUACAGUGUGAUCACGAGGGGAAACUGGCUCUUGCCCCCAUCUGGCAGCAUGACAUCAUCACAUUCAACAAUCUGAAAUGCACCAAUAAACGCCCAUAAAGUUAUACAGGUCCCUGCGCUGCAUUUGUAAUCAUGACAUCAAACUCAUGUGGUCAUUGUCAUGUACAUUUGCAGCCUGUCAAAUCUGUUCCUCAUUCACAUAUUUACAAAUGAACUACGAUCUUGUGGUACGAAUGACUGAAGCUUGAAACAGUGAAAAGUACUUGUACAUAUGUAAGUAAGUGUAGUACCUUCUGUUCUUCCUUUGACUGUAUGUGAUGUACUGGAAAUAUUUGUAUUGUUUGAGAAACUUGGUGAAGUGAUCAAUUGCACUUUUAUCCUCCAUUAAAAAGGAGUUUCUU